AUGUUCCGUGUUUCUUUACAAGCUACUAGACGUGUUGCUUUUAGAUCCGCUAGACAAAUUAGGUUUUACAGUGCUCAUCCACCUUCCGGUGGAGUGAGCCAUAUGAACAAGCCAGCAUUGUUGUUGGCUGGGUUCAGUACUCUUGGUGCCAUCUACGUUGCUGAUGGGUGUCCUACUUUGAUUGAGAGGAAGCCUGCUCCUGCUGAGAAGCCUGCUGAAGAGACUCCUGCAGCGGGCCAAUCACAAUCUAUUUCUGAACCUACGAAGGAUGCCGAUGAAUCUCCGGUGUCUGCUCAGGAGGAAGGUGCUGAGCCAGUUACUACUCCUGAGAACGAGAUUACUUAUAGCGAGGAGACACACCAGGCCUUAGCAGCCACCUUAUCAGGAGAUGAGCCAGCUGCCAUUGAGCCAGUUGCUGAAUCCGUCAAUGAACAAGCUACCGAACCAGCUGCCAGUGGAGAAGCCACCAAUGAACCUGUUACUGGCAUUUCCGAGGAUACCAAAGCUCCCUCUUUGAGCUUCGAUGACUCAAAAACUGCCAAGGGUGUUGUUUUAGAAGAUGAAGCUGACAAAAAGGAGAUUCAACAAACAAGCCCAGAUGCCGUAAAAACCGCCUCAAAAGACGGUUCAGAAGGUGAAUCGGAUGUUGUUUUGCAUGAAAAAUCUCCUGCUGAAGCUGAGACCAUAACAGAAGCAGAAGAGCAAGCUGAAAUUCGGUCUAUCUCCGGUGGCACUGCUGAACAGUCCGCUACUGCGGCUGCUGCGGCUGCAGGUGUUCAAGGUGAAAAAAAAAACGAACAACAAACUGCAUACAACCCAGAAACUGGUGAAAUCAACUGGGAUUGUCCUUGUUUAGGUGGUAUGGCAUACGGUCCUUGCGGUGAAGAGUUUAAGUCCGCUUUUUCAUGUUUUGUCUACUCUGAAGCUGAUCCAAAGGGUAUCAACUGUGUUGAGAAGUUCUCCACUAUGCAAAAUUGUUUCAGAAAAUACCCAGACUAUUAUGCUGAACAAAUCAAGGAUGAAGAAGAAGCUUCUGCAGAAGCUUCAAAAAUCGAGGAUAAGAGCACUACCCCGGUUUCAACUGCCACCUCUACUGUUGAAGUACAAACUGAAAAUGCCGUUUUCGAACCUGUCUUGGAAAAAUAUGUGGAAGAAAACCCUCAACUAAAGGAUACUCCUGAAGCUGCCGCUGUCACGAACACUGACGAUGAAAAGAAAUAG